UCCUCGUUCAUACGAAGGAGUCUUCUUUCGUGUGAAAGAGUUGUCUUCGUUUGGGGACUACCCAUACGAUAUGCUCUGAGAAACGCAAUAUCAAAUUUCACUCGCCUCAUCAUUUUUCAAUAGGCUUAUUAUCGCGGGAAAAAAGGAUCUGCCAUCAUACUAAUCAAGUGUUCAAAUUUCGAAAUCUUAAGGAUACAUUUGAUUUUCUUGGGUUAAAAAUUUCACACAAGAAAGAUAUGGUUCUUCUUUGUUUCAUGCUCGAUCUUCGAACAAUUUCCCCUCCUCUUCUCAAAGAAUUGAAACAGUGUUUACUGCAACUAGCAAAUCAAUACGCAAUCUCUACAGGAGGAAGAGGAGAUAAACAAUCAGAGAUCCUCGCUGAUAGAAUCGGCUUAUGUUAUCUUCAGAGGAGUAGAAUUUCUUGCUUUGAUGAGUUGAAGAUUGCGUAUAGUCCGAGAGGAGAUUUUUGUUUACGAGAUUUUCACCAUGCUGUAAACAACUUACCUACUGAUGGAUUUUUACCUGAAAUGAUGAAUUCUUCAGUUACUAGAAUCAGUGGUGGUGAUGUGACGUUUGGGAAGCUCCUAAGCGACGAAGUUCUUUAUUCUUGGGGUGGUAAAGAUAUUGUUAGAAAAGUGAUUUGUCUCAGCUCUUGUUUAGUGGAAGGCAUUGAAUCUGCUCGGGAAACUCUUACAGAUGCAGCAGAUAAAUGUGUUUCAGUCGAGUUUAUACUGUUAGAGCAAGAAUCCUGUCAGCCUAAAAGUAUGUCUGAGGAUGUCCAGAAGUUCAGUAACAGUAUCUCUGAUCUUGAGAACUGUUCUUUUCGAACAUAUCUUCCAGAUGCAAGGAUAUUGUGCGGCCUUGUAAAGCGAUGGCACCAGGAGCUGAAGGAUGACUUUGAGGAACCGUUGCAAGCUGUCUUUCACUUUAAAAAUAGCCUCGUUGGUUCCACGGACAAGGUUUUUUGCAAUUUGGUUGCAUCAAUGAGCCCGAUAAUUGACGGAUUCAGCCCUUGCGAGACAUGUAGGUGUCAUGGAUUGCCCUUAGAUGGUUCAGGAGGAAAUAAGACGAAGAAGUCCUCUGUCUGCCCACUAACACGCCAGGACCUUGGCACAUGUAAUCUGAUUGAAACUGCAGUAAAGGUUGGAGAACAAACGAUUCUAUUUUUGCCUUCUUUCCAAAGUUGUCCGAACCUCCAGCAAAUUUCUGCACCCAUCAGCUUUACUGUUAUUGAACGGACCAAAUUGUGUUCUCUAAGUGAAGGUGUGAUAUUUGGGAGUUCCUAUAUGGUUACCCCAUCAUCAGCAUGUCAUGAGAUGGAAGCCAAUUCAGAUGAAUCUGAUAAAUCAGAACUAAAUGCCCAAUUUUUUCAAGGGCUUUGUGGAGCACUGCAUUCUCUGGAUCAGGGACUGAUAUGUUCUUCAAACUGUAAUAUGGAAACUAAGAGAUAUGCUACCUUCCAGUGCUUUUAUAUUCUCCAACCAUCAGAAAAAGGGCCAAUGCUACUUAGGAGAUUAGCAGGAUCAGAGGAAAUCCUGCCCUUUCCUGAUGCCACCGGGUUGAUUGACUAUGCUGUACCUUUGGAUGUAGAGAACUCUAUUCGAUCCUCUUUAUUAAGGAUGGAACUAAGAGACUACAACCCUCUUUUGCAUGAGCGAGGCUUCCACCCCAAGCUAAACUUGCUUGUAAAAGAGAGCUUACAUUUUGGGUCAGUACCACAACCAAAACGAAAGGAAAUUGACUCUGAACUCAUCUUGCCCAGGCCAGAGUCAUUAGACAUGAUGGCAGCGGUUUCAACACCACAACCAAAACGAAAGGAAAUUGACUCUGAACUCAUCUUGCCCAGGCCAGAGUCAUUAGACAUGAUGGCAGCGGUUUCAACACCACAACCAAAGCGAAACGAGAUUGACUCUGAACUCAUCUUGCCCAGGCCAGAGUCAUUAGACAUGAUGGCAGCGGUUUCAACACCACAACCAAAACGAAACGAGAUUGACUCUGAACUCAUCUUGCCCAGGCCAGAGUCAUUAGAUAUGAUGGCAGCGGUUUCAACACCACGACCAAAACGCAACGAGAUUGACUCUGAACUCAUCUUACCCAGGAAAGAGUCAUUAGAGAUGUUAGCAGGUUCAACGCCAAUGAUAACCGUUGAUGUACCAGACUGCACUUGGCAGCAGACUCAAAUAACAAAAAUCGAGGAUUUGACUGCUGCUUGUAUUACAGAAGAGUGGGAGCAACUGAUUGUGGACGAAGAGGGCAAAAUUUAUGCUCCCGAAGGUGUAUCCAGACCGAAGACAAAGACGUCUACCAUUUUAUCCCCUAUUAAUGGUAGUAAGCAGUUGGAUGAGAAAACCUCUAGGAUCUUAGAGAGAUUGGAGGGUCCAAGACGGGGAAAAGAAAAGGAAAAUGCACCUGUUGGGAAAUGCGUUUUUGAGUUCACAGAUGCAUGUGCACCAAAAAAGAAACCUCUAGUUCCAUUUGGACCAAACCAUGCUACAGUAGACCACCAGAGUCAGAACUCGAGCCAACCAAUGAAACCCAUUUUCCAGAGGCUUAAACGAAAGCACAGGUAACCACAGGUAGAAUAUUCUGACUAAAACGAUGCAUGAAAUGGUUAUGAUUCUUCUAUCUGCUUCUGAUAUCAUGUAGACAUAGUUAAAACUGUUUCUAUCGCUUUUGCUCUAAGUCAGAGUGAGUCCUAAACAGUAAACACCAUACAUGUUAGCAUGUAAUUGCAUGAGAAGAAUUGGUCUUUACAAGAAACACACGUCGAUGAAAUUGAUAUUGGAUAGUAAUAUUAAGAAAGCCUUGAACAAAAGUAGAAACGUAGAUGGCUUUCAUAUAUAUAUAUAUAUAUAUAUAAAUAUACAUAUAAAUCAGUAUUCACUGAUCAAGCUGUUGUGCAAAUUUUUAAAGACUGCACUUUGUCUUAGUAAUUCAUCAUGCUAGGUAUUUGGUUUAACUUGAUUAGGUGAUAUUGACGCAUCUAUUUACUGGUA